AUGGAGAGUCUGCGCGGGAUGAGUGGCAUGAAUAGCGGCAUCAUUGCCUGGCUGUCGUCGUUCAUCGAGUCGCAAGACCCUGCCUCCGCAGCCCAAUCUCUGCAUUUAACCAUGGAGCCCACUCUUGCGAAUGAGGGCGCCCUCUGGUUUCCUGAUUUGCUGGCUGGUGACUCGACAGGAGUUCUGCCACUUUUUCUGACUGCGUCGAUUCUGGGGAAUGUUCUGAUUGGGUGGAAAGUCCUGCCCUGGAACACAAUCCAGCAGCUUCCAAAGACCGAGAUGUAUAAGCAGGUCACUUUCACCGGGUUACGGACCUUUGUUGUGGUUUUGACAUGCUACAUUGGCUUUGCGAGCUGGACUCAAGAGAUGCCAGCUGCGCUUAUGCUCUACUGGAUCACCAGUACCAACGUUGCUACGCUGCAGACUUGGAUACUGGACAAUAAGGUGUUUUCACCAGUGACAAUGCAACGCUUCAUUGAAAAAUCUAUCGCUUUUAAGAAGCCGGGUGAUAAGGACCCUUUCCAGUUGAAAAACUUGCGCUGA